GGGACUGGAACUCACAGAAGGCGAGAUCGUGACUUGCGUCCAAGUCGGUGGCUUAACCGACUGAGCCACCGAGGCGCCCCUUUUUGUAGCAAUUUGAUGUUAGAUUUCUUAUUUCACAGUAAUCUCUGAUCAUCUACAGAUGUCAGAAAUGAUAGCUAAUUGUAAAUUAUUUCAAGUGCAAAAAAACGUUUAAAUGUUUGCAGCAAAAAGAAAAAUUGUUUUUAAUAUGGGCCUGCAUAUAACUUAACGCUUGAUGUGGUGUAACGCUGGACCUCCAAAAGUAGAUUUUAAAAAGGACUCAAGUAAAUGGAAGGAGCUGAAAUGAGGCAUAAAGAAAGGACAUGGCAAGAGAGAGAGUUGGGGGGUUGGGCGCGGUGGAAGGAGAUGCCUGCAGAGUGGCUGCUGUGUACGUGGCGCUGGUCCAAGAGCUGAAAAUCCAAAAGUAAAAGUCACAGCUCUCCAAAGAGGUCAUAGCCUGUCUGGUAAGCAAUCAGAUAAGUUCAAUGAAAGCGUUAAGUAUUAUUAAGGAGGUGUGAGCACUGGGGGGUCAAAAAGGUGUGGCGAGUACUUCCGCUGGGAUGGCAACUGGGAAGGCUUCCCUGAGGAGGUGACAGUUGAUCUGAGGAGAGGCAGAGAAGAUAAAACCGGUGCGGGGAAAGAAGAAACAUCAACAAAGAGACCAGGCAAGGAGAUAAAGGGAAAAGAGGAAAGGCUCGAUGCUAUCGGCGCUCCCGAAUCCGGCGUCGACUGCUAAGGAUGAGGUGGGCGCCCCUGGCAUAGUGGUUGGAGUCUCUGUAGAUGGAAAAGAAGUCUGGUCAGAAGGUUUAGGUUAUGCUGAUGUUGAGAACCGAGUACCCUGCAAGCCAGAGACUGUUAUGAGAAUUGCCAGUAUCAGCAAAAGCCUCACCAUGGUUGCUCUUGCCAAAUUGUGGGAAGCUGGGAAACUGGAUCUUGAUAUUCCAGUACAACAUUAUGUUCCUGAAUUCCCAGAAAAAGAAUACGAAGGUGAAAAGGUUUCUGUCACAACAAGAUUGUUGAUCUCCCAUUUAAGUGGAAUUCGUCAUUAUGAAAAGGACAUGAAAAAGGUGAAAGAAGAGAAAGCUUACAAAGCCUCGAAGAUGAUGAAAGGGACAGUGGAAUCUGACCAAGAAAAAGAGUUCAAAGAAAAAGGAGGCAAAAGUAAUGAAAAGAGUGACUUUGCUAAAGCUAAGAUAGAGCAAGAUAAUGAUGCCAAAGGCCGGAAUUUAAAACCUGGCAAGAAAAAGAAUGAUUUUGAACAAGGCGAAUUAUAUUUGAAAGAAAAGUUUGAAAAUUCAAUUGAAUCACUAAGAUUAUUUAAAAAUGACCCUUUGUUCUUUAAACCUGGUAGUCAGUUUUUGUAUUCAACUUUUGGCUAUACCCUACUGGCAGCCAUAGUAGAAAGAGCUUCAGGAUAUAAAUAUUUGGACUAUAUGCAGAAAAUAUUCCAUGACUUGGAUAUGCUGACAACUGUGCAGGAAGAAAAUGAGCCAGUGAUUUACAAUAGAGCAAGAUUUUACGUUUACAAUAAAAAGAGACGUCUUGUCAACACACCUUACGUGGAUAACUCCUAUAAAUGGGCUGGUGGUGGAUUUCUGUCUACAGUGGGUGACCUUCUGAAAUUUGGGAAUGCAAUGCUGUAUGGUUACCAAGUUGGGCUGUUUAAGAACUCACAUGAAAAUCUUUUACCUGGAUAUCUCAAACCAGAAACGAUGGUUAUGAUUUGGACACCAGUCCCUAACACAGAGAUGUCUUGGGAUAAAGAGGGUAAAUAUGCGAUGGCAUGGGGUGUCGUGGAAAAGAAGCAAACAUAUGGUUCUUGUAGGAAGCAACGGCAUUAUGCCUCACAUACUGGAGGUGCGGUGGGUGCCAGCAGUGUCCUGCUGGUCCUUCCUGAAGAACUGGAUGCGGAAGCUAUAAAUAACAAGGUUCCCCCAAGAGGAAUAGUUGUUUCUAUCAUAUGUAACAUGCAAUCGGUUGGCCUCAACAGCACUGCUUUAAAGAUUGCUCUGGAAUUUGAUAAGGACAGAUCUGACAUAUCUUAACAUCACAGGUACAAAAUGAGCUGUUUUAUUCUUGUUGUUGUCUUUGGAAACAUGAAUCCCAAAAUACAUGAGGUUUUUUAAAAAUAGAUUUGUAAUAGAGUAUAAUUGAAUGCAGAGAAUUAUGUACCUCUAAUUGCUUACUUUUGUAAUUGUCUUUUAUUGUAGGAUUAGUUCUUUAUACUCAGGGAAGUAACUAUUAUUUUUACUUUUUGAAAAAACGUGUUAAUUCUUGAAUAAAAUAUUCUGAUAAAAAAUA